ACGACGGUUUAAUGUGAACGAUGUUUUGUUCGGGAAGGGGAGGCGAUCUAGUGAUGAUUAUUUUGUGUGUACUGUGUAGUGUAUUGUUUCGUGAACAGUCUGCAUGGCCAUUAAAUGUGAAGUUAUCCUGAAUACUUUUAAAAACUAUGCUUUUUGGUUAAAGAAUUUUAAAGUGAGUAGGCCUAGCUUUGUGUAAACUGUUUUGCAGUAUACGUUCUGCAGGUUAAAAAAUAUGGGAUUAAGUUGCAAAGAGUGGACGCUUGCAUUAAUAAGUACGUUCAGCAUGAUUGCUUAGCUUAAGAUAACUUACAUGAUUACACGACAUGAACUCGCCGAAGCUGGGAAAUAAGCAUUCUCGGGAAUCUGGGAAGCUCAAGCAGCAGUUGCAAGCGUCGCAAUCAGAACUCAGUGAUGGAGAAGAGUUGUCUCCGUCGCAGAUCCUGGAGCUGGUGAAGCCGGACCGCGUGACGGCCAGCAAGCCCGAGGAGGACCGCCGCCGCAGGACCAUCAUCGUGGAGAAGCACGACGGCUCCUUCGGCUUCACGCUGCAGAGCUACGGCAUCCACUACAAGAAGGAGCAGGAGAUAGAGAUGAUCACGUACGUGGACUUCGUGGACUACGACGGCGCUGCCUUCAGAGCCGGCAUGCGAGAAGGUGAUGUCAUCUUGUCGAUUAACGGACAUGACAUGGAGAAAGCUGACCACAAGACGCUGGUCAACUACAUCAAGAACUGUGACUGUCGCAUGAGAAUGGUCGUUCUCUUCGAGGACUGUGUGCGCAAGGUGGAGCUGCACAUGCGCUACAUCCAGCUGCAGCGCGUGCUGCAAGGCAAGAUGGCGGAGCUGGAACGGCUGUGUCUGCGCGAGCGAGAGUUGCUGCAGGGCAAGUGGAAGACCCACAGCCUGCCGGCACGCAGCAAGAAGGCAUCUGCCUCCACAUCCACGGACGCCAGCACGCCCACGCACCAGCCCGCUGACUACAACUACUGCCGCCCCACCGUCUCCACCGAGGACGUGGCACGGUGUGGUCGCCAGGCCCAGCCGCCGGUGCUGGCCUACCAGUGCCUGGACCCGCUCUACGGGGGCUACUGCCUGCAGCGCUCCGCAGACAGCAGCGGGGAGUACCUGGUGGCCUGGCCCGCCCAGCGCGGCCACGCACACGGCGACCCGCACGCCCGCCACUCGGCCGCCAGGGGCUACCACCAGACCAACGGUGUGGCCGCCGCCGCCUCAGCGGGCAGCAGGCCGACAGGCGGGGGCAAGGCCACGAAGAGCGCUCCUGGUGGCCAGCUCUGCAACCCCUGCGUGCAGGCGGGCGGCCAGGACAACUCCAGCCUCGAGGCCUACGACCUCGCUAGUCCGUGCUGCGACCCGCACUGCGUGCCGACUCGCCGCAGAGCACGCCACAAGGAGCACCGAGGGACCAAGCCCGCCGGCAAGUCGCACGAGGCCCGAGGCUGUAAGGAGAAGAGUAGAAGCGGCGCGGGGGCAGCUGGGGCCGUGCAGGGCAGACAACCCGCCGGCCACUACCUGGACCUGGGUCCUGCCCCUGUUAGCCAGUGCAGCCUGCACUCGUGCACUUCGAGUGAGCAGAACGGCGCGGAGGGCGAGAGUAGCGCGGCGUCCUACACCACCUCGCUCAGCACGGACACGCUGUACUGGGAUGCGCCCUGCGAGGUUGCGGUUGGCAGGAGCCAUUCGGGGAAGGUGGUGUGUGGGAAGCAUGGGGGCCCCACCCACAACCACCUCCAACACCAACACCAACACCAACACCAACACCAACCUCACCAUCAACACCAACAACAGCUGCCCCACCACUACAACUCGAUGCCACAGCACUCCGCCUCCUACAACCCGGCCAAGCCCGCCAAGUCGUGGGACAACCUCACCACCAAGGCCUUCGGGGGCUACGGCUUCGGCUACGGGUACCUGGACGUGGCAGGGCCCAAGGGCAGCAAGGGCCACGGGCGUGCACACAGCGCCAAGGGCGGAGCUGUGCCCCCCCAGCCCACCCGCAGCGUGGACCGCCGGGUCAUGUACGGACACCAGCCGCGCUACGUGCAGCCCACCAAGUCCACGGAGAGCCUCUUGCUGCUGCAGCCCCGGCUCGGGGCGGAUGCCCUGCUGUCCGACUCCAGCCUGAGCUGCGACUGCCUGGACGCCGCGGAGCAGUUCCACAACAAGGCGAGCCAGACGGACGGCAAGAGGCCCGACGCGGAGGUCACGCGCUUGUGACGCCGGGUGUAGCGUUCCCCUCCUGAACACCUGCCUGCUCUGUACAUUCACCUUUACCGAGAACAUGCUACGAGGUUUAUGUUAUAGCCGUUGCAUACGGCAUGCUUAUUGGUCAAUUUGCGUUUUGUUGUAAACGUCCUAAUUUUUCGCUUGUGCAAAGUUACUCUCGCCUAAAGUGGUGAGUCCUACCUCUGCUGAGUUGCAUCGGUGGGUAACUCACAAUCAUCUCACUUGCAGCAAGACUAUAGAGCUUAAAGCUGCUACUCGUCUGGAGUGAUGAUGCGCCAUGCGAGUCUUCUCACGUCACGGUUGGUGCGUACCGUCCUCUGACCGGCUGAGGAACUGAGACUCGUUGGCCUGCGUCCACUCCGGCUCCAAGCUCUGACACUUGCCGAUUUUACCCCAAUGAUGUGCUUGUACGCACACAUCUCUACCUGACACUUCAUGUCUGUAUAGACAUGCGUGUAUAUUUAACACUCACCAGUACCAAAAAGUUGACCACCUCUUACUACCAAAAAAAAUAGUGUACAGUAUUUCUUUUAAAUAUUAUUUUUAGAGGCAGACUCAAUUUUAACUAUCUGGUCAUUGGAGUGCAUUGGCUUUGUAUACCAUUUUGAAUAUGUGAAAGUUAGAGUUAAAAUUAACUUACACAAAAAUAUCUGAUUAAAUUUUCCAGUUAUUGAAUAGCAAAUUUUUAAUUAAAGUAUUUAAAUUUUUUACUUAAAAUGUAAAAAAAAAGUUACAAUAAUUACUAUUUGAGAAUUUUUAAAAACUCAUAAAUAACCAAAUUUUCCUUAAAUCUUAACAAAUUUUAGCCCAUUUUUUUACGUUUAUAUUUUAUCAUUAUUUGUUUUGAUCACUAGGAUAUUACAAUAACUUAUUUUUCAUGUUGUAUUACUUUUGAUUUAUCAAUUUUAUUGUGUUGUUUAAUUUUUGUUACUGCUCUCUUGCAACAUAUAUACCUUCAAAAAUUACUUUAUAGCUUAAAAAAUGCAGUUUUACACUUUCCUAUAAGCUUACGUAAAAAUUAAUUGGAAUAUAGUUAAAAUAAUAAACCUGCCAAUCACUUAACGAGUUCUGUUACACCAAAGAAAUUAUGUUUUGAACACUUUUUCCACUCUCCACAUUUAUUUCAUUAAUUUAGUUUUUAUGCAUGCAUCAUUAUUUUACAGCCAUAUCAGAAAUUUGAAUGUACUUAAGUUUUUUAUUAUUAUUAUUUUCUAAUUAGCUAUCAUACCUGUAGAUUGCUUUAGACCCAAUAUGAUGUGACAAAUCUUUCCGUGCAUUAGAAAGGCCGGUAUACUUGGGCCCAUGGAAACACAAAUCUUCCCUCACCCUAGGUACCCUAUCACUAUCAGGCUUACAGACAGCAGGAAGAACCUUCACAGUCAGGUCAUACAAUUGUUGGUAGUCUUCUCCUAAAAUGUGCUCUUUUUGGAUGUACGUACUACAUAAGCUGCAACAAGAGGAGGGCAUGGCUAUCAUGUAUGCAUAUUAUUUAGUUAUUCUACAUUUGUAAUGAUACUGCAGUAGGGAAAUAUGAAAGAAUAGUCACAUAAGGAAAGAUGUAGUUUUGCUUUACAAAAUAAAACCAAACUAACAAAUAUGUAACAUUGCAUUAGCAACUGUAUGUACUGAAAAAUUACAAAGCAACUACGUCUUAUGAAAUAAGGUGAAAAAAACUGUAUCAGUACUAAGUAUUUGUUUUCAUUUGUGAGAAGUCAGAGAGAGUUAUGUUGCGAAAUUGACUAUUUUGCUGUCUGCCCGUCAUCUCACUGUUUAAAAGCUUAUGUAAAUAACACGUGUCUGGCUGUUUUUUCUGUAACGUCAGGCUGUCGAGAAGGUGAGGCCAAUUGAGAUUCGAGAUUGUUAAUAGAGUUCACAGUAAACCUUUCAGUUACAGGAUAAACACUGAUCACAUUUAUAGAUAUUGCCAUAGUAAUAUUUAUUGUUUUAAUAUAUAUACAAUAUAUUUAUAUAAACUGUGUAUAUUGAAAAGUUGUAGAUAAAUAAAAGGGAGGGGGCCCGAAAAAAUGAUUUCCCUACCGGGCUCUUAGUUUCUCUUGACUGCGUGAUGUUUACAGUCAUAUCCGUAUUUUUUGGGACAUAACUUUAGUGGAUGGCUAUUGCCUUGCCACCCAUCAAACAUAAACCUUUCAUUUAAGGACUUCAAAAUUAUAAAUUUUUUGAAGCUAUCAGCUAAUAAUAAGUCAAUGAUUAAAUUAAAAAAAUUUCCAUAUAUUAAUUUAUUCCUUAAUUUUUGAUGGGUAAGAGUCUUAGCUCUCGGUAUACCACAUUUGGUAGGAGUAAUUUUGUAAAAUGGAACGGAAAUGCGGGACAACGGUGCUGCAUCUACACAGAAAUCUCGUAGACCUCAAAAAGAUGGUUGACGCAUGUGUAGCAACAUAAAUCUGUAUAUUGUCACUUUGGUAAAUAUUAGGGCACAUACCAAACAUAUUGGUGUGCCAAAUGAAAUGUUAGGUUAUGAAACUACCCUGGAAUAUUUUUGGUACACUAGAAUAUUCCUAGUAAAAAGUAAUCCUAAGUUUUAAAUUACCUAAAAAAUACUUGGAUUUAUAAUGAUUAUAACACAAUGGUCUUGGUAGCAUUGUGGUAAGGUGUGCACUUUGAAAGUAUCAGGUAUGAGAAUCAUGUCAUGUCAAUAGUUUUGAAUUUUUUUUUAUUAUUAUUACAAUAUACUAUUAUAUACUAAUAAUGUUGAAUCAGUUUGUAGGAAGUAUUUAUCUACUGAUUUCAGUCGUUCAAGAAAAAAAAACACAAAUAUAUUCUUAGUGUUAUUUAUUAAAAAUAUUUCAGGUCAAUAUUUUAGUCUGGAAACUUUAAAGUAUUAACUGUUUAAUGAAUUUUAACAAGAUGGCCAAUAUUUUAAUAUAAUUCCUUGUCGAAAAUCAAGUCCUAACUGGGAUGUAUUGGACUGUAACUUUUAGUUGAAAAAUACUUCAAAUACCAUGUUCAUAAUGCUUUGUAGAGGUCCAGCAAAAUGUUAAAAUUCUUUGAUGCCUUGUUUGUCCCAACACAAUUUAUCUGGCUAGUAAAUUAAGGGAAUUUUUAAAUUUGCUAUUAUAUAUUCAAGUUUACAAAAUGUAUUUGAGGAUAGUUUCACUACUACGUAUAAAGUUUACUUUGGCACACAACUUCGGCUUUUGGCUACAGCAGUUUCAGCAUGCAUGCGCAUUCCACUUUCAAUCUGUUAGAUUUUCGUUGUGUAAUGCUGCUUAUUUCAGUGCAUUUCUAAUGCAUGCUAAACUUUCACCCUCAACAUGCCUAAAGAAGUAUAACCUCAAAAAUGAUAGUACUAUCAUAUUAAUCAUAAUUAUAGUUAGGUUUUUAAAAGGGGAAUAAUUUUUACUUUACUGCCCUAUAAUUAAAACAUUACAUAUAUUUAUCCCACUUGGCGUUGUUUUAAAGAAUUUUAUGUUCAAUUCGAUGUCCUAGUUUCAUAUUAUAACUAAGUUUAUUUGCAAAAUGAGCUCACAUGAAUUUGCUCGUUACUGAAGUUAGAUGUUUACACAUCACUGAUGACAACUGCAAGACUCACUCUUAACUGAAACAGAUGCUACAAAAGUUUCCUAAUUAUCAACAUUCUUUAUAAUGGGAAUACUUUUUUCUUUUACCUGAAAUAGGUUUUAGAAUUACCUUGUUUGUAUGUCUUAUUGAAGUAGAAAUUUUAUAUUUCCCCAUUGUGAGAUUUUUUAAAUAUUUGCAUUCUGCUUUUAGCAGUUACCUACGUCACUCACUUGACAGACGCAUUAGUGUUACUGCACAAGUUGAUUAGUGUGUUAGUGUUCGCAUCGGUAGAUGCACAUAGAGCAGGCAGGGGUUUCAAAAGUGUUUUGUUAAAGCAAAAUGACAAUGCCUAUUAUUUUGUUUUGUAUUGCAGAGCAAGCGGUAUUGUACUUAACCUACUUGUGAUACAGCUGUAAGCCAUAUUCAAUAUUCUUUGUAAUCUUUGUUACCAGUUUGUAUGUUUGUUGGUUUGUUUUUGGUGAUGGGCAAAAUGUUGUUCGAAAUAUUUUUUCCUCAAACAAAUGCUAUGUUAAUAUAUAUUUUUAAAUGUGUUUUUGAAUGAUGUUUUACAUUAUGUAAUUGAAGAGUACAAAAUAUUUAUUUUGUUUUGUAAUACGUAGUUUGUUUUUGCGGGGAUUAGCUGUGGCUCUUUCUGACUCGCUGGCAAGAAACUGUGACCUUGGCACCAAAUGAGAGUUUUUAAACACCAAAGAUAUUUUGUGCAAAAUUAGUUAAAAUCUUAUUUGAAGAUUCUGUACAAAACCUUCCAUCUUGCAGUGUCUAAAGUCCAACAAGUUAUGAAGGGAUAACAUCAGGCUUGUAUAAAAAAUAUAUAUUAAAAUUGAAAUACCAAUAUAUUUGCAAAUAUUACAAAAAUUCAUCUUAUAAGUUAUUUCCAGGUACAUUGAGCUCAGCUCCAUGCAAAUAUAUAUAUAUAUAAACUAUUUCCUACUGUAAAUAGGAAUACCUUUUAUCUAAAUAGGUACAUCUUAUUUAAAGUAAUAAAGUCAGUUAAGUUCAGAUGGUUCCAAAAUUCACUAAAAUUAACCCCAAUAAUCGUUUUACAUGAAUGCAUAUUUCAUACUUCUGAAAAACUCUAACAUCAUUCUCCAACCUAAACAGAAAUAUCAACCAUUUAAUAGGUUUAUUUAUUUAACAAUAAACACCAAAAAUAAUCCUACAAUUUACAGUAUAUAAAAAAAUUAUUUCUUGUUUAUGUCGAUUCCAAUUGUGUAUCUAGCCGGUCACUCUUGUACACCUCCAUGCCAUGUGUGACGUAAACUGUAGCAUAUCAGUUUCAUGCCUGAACCACUAUAUCGUUGGUUAAGUUUGCUAUUGCUUAAAGUCAUCAAAUAAUUAUAACAAAUUUCUUGCCUUCUUCAUGCAACUAUCCACAAAGUAAGUAAUAUGAUAAAAAUGAAACAGUUUGCACGGUUGCGUGUUGGAGAGUUGCAGCAAGUAUUAGCAUGUUGACUCCUCUUAAGUCAUGUCACUGUGUCAUGUCUCUGUUCGUCAUCGCUGUGGGCUUGCAUUUAUCGAUAUUCCCUCCGUCGGAUAUUCUUCAGAAGCAGAAUCUCUCGUGAUUUAUUAGUGGCAGCUUGGUAUGAAUACUAUAGAAUUGCAUGCUGUUUUCUAGUCAUAAGUUUCCAAAAGAAUGUAUAUUGUACAGAAUUGAUGGAGUAUGAGGUUACUAGGCUAAGAAGCUUCGGAUACUAUUGUAACUUUGCUGUAGAGUGGUCUAUCUGCCAGAAGCCUUAACAAGGACAUGUGUGUGGUUAGUAAAGUCUGGUUUCAGCUCUGCACUUCCCGUGAUGGGGGUUAUAUUCUGUCACGACCCAACUUGCCUAUCAGGGGUCUUCAAAUAAGUCUCAGCCGUGACUGUAACCUUUUUAAUGUUUAUCAUGACCCCUCCAUCCUUAACGUAAUCCUCCCUUCACAUUUUGGAUUUUUGUUAGUUGAAAUGUUAUCAAUGACCCGAAACCCAUAUCUGGCCAAUUACUUAUGGUGUCACUAAGAGCACAAAUCCUACUAACCAUUAGAUACAUAGAGACCUGAAAAGUAGCAAUAACUAUAAUGCUAAUAAUGAUUCUAUUUUCAACAUUUUCAAAUGAAAAAUUUUAAUUUUGGCAUUUUAGAUUGAAAACAGCUAUUUAUAAUGCUUCUGACAUGUUUUCAAGGAUUUUAUUAUUUUCCUUCUUUAUGUUAUACAUCAAUAUUAAAAAUUUAUUGUAAUCAAUUAAUUUACAUAAAUUUUUAGUGUUACAGGCAUAAUUUUUGUAGACACUGUGGUUAUUUGAUUUCAUCAUUUUACUGCCAUCUUUAAAAACUGGGAUGACUGACAUGCUUUUUUUAAAGUUAGCCAACAAAUAAAGAAAGAUUAUCUUGUGCUUGAAAAAAAAAUUUGUUGGGUUUUACAUUUUUCAAUUUUUUGAGUUAAUGUUUUUGUAAUAUUUAUAGAACAUUGAUUAAAUUUGUACUCAUAUAUUUAUUUAUGCCCAUCACCUUUUGGUUGAAGAAAUUGGCUUCCUAAGACAUUUUGAGAUAUUUUGUUGGUCAUGCUCAAAUAGGUAAAAACUAAUUUCUAAUGAAAAUUUCAAUUCAAAAUACACAGUGGUUGAUUUUUUAUUUAAUUUUUUUGUAUGUGCUGCAGCGCACUAUUCAGAAGACAUGCAGGCAGGCGAUUGAAUGUCGUACGGACAUCACCAGAGCUGAAAUGGUGCACAUAUCUAAGUGGACUGAGCAGAUUAUAUAAAACUUCAUUCUUUCUGAAUUUUUUUAGAUGCCACACCUUUAUAUUCAUUAAAUAUUUUACAAUAACAACUUAGAAUCCUGGCAAUCAUUUUCGAUGACCUGUACUUAAAGCACAAACAUUCAAUAAUCAUAGACAUGUUCGUGGACCUGAUGAAGAGUUGUGGUUGUUGUCUUGGACCCUUGCAAGGUUGGCUUCUGAACUGGCUGUGCUUCUGUUGUGGAAACAAUUAAUACUGUGACAUUGUCAGUUACGUGCUGCAGACGCCUGCCUGUCUGGAAGCCGCUGCAGCAUUGUCUUAAUGCUCUUGCAGCUCGGAAGAACAACCUCCUGUCAGAUUUUCAACAUUAUUCUUGUGGCCACAAGCUAGCUAACCAUGAGCAGAUGUGUCAGCAGAUGUUAAUCAGUCAUAAUAGUUAGGAAAUUUCCUUCACAGUUAAGCUUUUACGAAAAGUACUUCAGAAAUUAUGAUUUAAGAUUAGUUUUGGCAAAUAUUUUAAUUUCUGUACGUUUCUAGAACAUUAAGUGAUUUUAGCUAGAACAGAUUCUCUUCAGAAGUAUAGUCAACCAUUUUCUUCAUGGUAGUUUUUCUUUGUUUUGUGACUCUUCAAGAAGGAAAGUUGAUCUGUUCGCACCUCACAUAUUGUAGUCCCAUAGUGUGUGUGCUGUUUGCUUCUAACAGUGUGAAAGUCAGUCAUUUUUCUGAUUACUUCAAGAAAAUGAGUAUAUUUUAGUGUUCAACCAUGAAUUGUGCAAAUUUUGUGUAGUAUGGAAUGGAAAGUUUCGGUAGUGUUUCAGGACAGUGUUCUAUAGUGUUUGUACAGACCACCUUCACCUAUUAUUAAUGACCUUUCUUGACAUUUGGUAUCUCUGCAUGAAACACUGGUGCUCUCUCACUGUAUUUAGAUAUUUUUUUUUUUUUUGCUACCAGUUACUUUAUCAAUGUCGUCGUGUCCUUGUGCAUUUCAUUUUCUCCUUAAAUCUUCUCCAGAACUACUUACGUAAUAAUGUUAUUACUUGAGUAAGUAAAAAUAUCCUUAUAUUUAUUGUUAAUAAAUUUGGAAAUAUUGUGCUGUUAUUACUUUUCAAUGAUUGUUAAUUUUAGCAUUUUGUGUGUAUAUGUUUAUUUUUUCCAAUGGAAGAAAGAGGGUUCCUACUCAAAAAUCUCAUUAGAUGUGCCUCUGAUAUCAGUUAUAUUAAACUUUAAACGGAUGUUAUGAAAUAAUUUUUUACCCAUGCACAAGGCUGUGACCGUGUGUGCGGACUCAGCGAAGUGAAUUGCUGCCAACUUCGUGAGUUGCUCCCCGCGUCUUCCCUGGCUCGCUCUCAGGUGUUCUCUGUGCUUCGUACGGCCUCGCUUCACGUUCUGGCUCGUGUGGUUACGCCUGUCGUACGUCCUUCGUCUAGUCCAGGUCCACUUGAGCCCGGUGUUCAACCAGGGGCCAUCGAGAUGUUACCAAGUUCACAGGUGCAAAGUGUGUGUGAAGAGGUCGUGACUCCCGCAACAUCUUGAAUGUUUCGCACCAUGGAGUGCAUGCACAAGAGGUAGUGCACCACUGCCCAAGUGCAGAGUGGAAGGGUGCCUUAGUUUAAGUUUAUAGAAAACUUUUUUUUUUGGGCAGUUGGCAGUGAGGAUGACUGUUUGGAAUAUCAGUCUUUUUUGUUACAAAGGUAAAAAAUAAUUGUAAACACUGGCAUUUCAUGUUUACUGUGUAGAACUCUGUGACCACGUAGUUUCCUGUUUGGUAGAAACAGUCAUUGAAUCCUUAAAUGCACAUUUUUGUGACAUAUUUUCUCAUUAUACAUAUUAAUAUAUUUAAUAAUAUACGUUAAAUUAUUCCUGUCUGUGAAGCUAUGGACAAUAAAUUUAACAACUUGCUAAGUAUUUAAAGUUACUUACGUGUUUGGCUAAUGUAGUCAUACACAUUACAUUUAAUGAACGUUUCCUGGAGGAGUUGUGUAUGAGGUUUUUCUCACUGCAUUGGCCAAAUAGGCAAACCUCAUUUCUCCACUAUUUGUCUUUUUUCAAUUUAUUUUAAAUAAGUUGUUGAGAAUUAUGUUCUGCAUGUCCCUCCAAGGCUUAUGGAUAGUCUGCAUUUCACAAGGAUGAAAGUCACAACCACAACCCAAACAGUUUCGAAGUUUACUAAAAAAUAAAGUUAUGUAAUUUUAGGUCUUUAUAAUAAAUAAUAGUUUUUUUUUUCUAGGAGAUUAAGUUUGGGUUAGGUUAUUGUAACUUAGAUGAAAGGUUGGUUAGGUUAGGGUAGGUUAGCAUUAUAUAAAAAAACUCUAUAUAAAUCCUUGCCACAUGGUGUUUUUUCACGAGUGAUCUGCAAACUUCUGAGAACUUCGGAACUGUUCAUGUGUGGCUCUCAUCUGUGAAACGUAGACUUCUCAAGGCUCAACAACUCACAUUUCUCUAUGGAACACAAUUAUAAUAUAGCAAACCUUGAAACAUCAAGGAUAAAAAAUAUGAAUUUGUAGUCCCUGUAACUCCUAAAUUAUCUGGUGUUGAUUUAUAUUUUAAUUUAAGUUCUGAGAGUUAAAGGUUUGUUUGAAAAUUGAAUUACUUUACAGUAAAAGAUAAGUGUAUGUAUUUAUUGUCAUAGUAUCAUUAUUAUUUUCAUUAAAGAUUUAAACUUUAAGAGUUGCUAAGUAUGCAUAUUGUCACAAUUGGCAAAUACUCAAUGCCGCACACUCAUACUGUACAGCAAGGAGAAACUCGGAAACCAUGGACACAGGCGCUGCCUCCCGAGAGUUGUUCUUAACUGUUACGAAAAGUAGAGGGACAUUCAAAUUUAACCUGGACUCUUAUGGUGGGUUUUCUGUUGAUUUACGUGCUCUGCAAUCACUCUGCAGGCUUGUAUAGUUAUGACAAAUAUUGUGUUACGUAAACUUUUUUUAUUUUCAUUUUGUAAUUUAUAUAUAGUUUCUAGCAUGGUUACACUAGAACAAUUAUACUGUGCUACAUGGAGAAAUUUGCUCUCACAACAAAAAAAAAUGUUUCCAGUUGGUAUGAAUUAAUUGUUUUAAAUAUUUCAUACUAUAGUGACAGGAAUUUCAAAAGAAUGCUAAGUAUAUUGUUUAGAAACUUUUUUUACUUUAACCCAAUGUUGGGACUUCUGCAUAUGUGAUAGAAAUAAAUAAAUUGGCGCAUGUAACUCACCUGAAGGAUGGGUUUUGCCCCCUCCCCUCUCACAAGAAUGUUUAUAAUAUACAAAAAGUUUUAUAAACUGUAGGAUUAACAUUGAAAAUUAUUAAUUUUUGUUUAGUUAAUUUAUUUUAUGAAAAUUGGUGGUGAUUAGCUUGAAUUUUUUUUUUGACACAAAAAGACUGGUGGGUAUAUUAUUAGAUAAAAAUAAGGGUGGGAAACUAGCUGACCAAGACUGAACUAUUGUGGUAUGUGGGUAAGUCGACAUAUGAAGGUUAGAGGUAGGAGGUGUAACACCCCUCGUGCCUCAAAAUAGAAUUAUUUGGAAUUAAUUAAAAGAGCCUUGGAAACAAGCUGGAAAAAAAAUACGUUAAAUGAAAUGAUUUACCAGAGGCGACACGAGGUGGGAACAAACACAAUUUAGGAACUUCCUGUAACAAGCAAAGGGGAAGUUGGGGGAUCGUUAUAAUCAAUAAAAUAAAAACUACACGAUUAACUUGAUCUAUAGUUUCCCUGUUUUAUUUGCCCGGAUGAAUAUCAUGUUUCAAUUAUUUUAACAUACAUACAAAAGAUUUAACAAUUUUCCAAGAUUAACAAAAGGAACACGAAAUUGGGGCCGGCCCGGCUUACUGAGAAUAAUUUACAUUUUUAGUUUGAACUAUAAACAUUUGCAUUAUGAGUUCUACACCCAAAGUUGGAUGGAUCCGAUGAUUACAUUGAUAAUAAGUUCUAUUUGUUUUACAUUUUCCUUGGGAAAAACACUGGUCGCUGGUGGGUUGGUCGUCCGCUUAAAAUAGUUCGUAGCUUGGUAAGGGGGAAAUGUUGAAUUUACAUUACCACCCGGGGUCUUCAAACGAUCACUUCGGGUGGUAGAAAAGUUUCUUCUAAUGUUUCUUCCCACGGAACAGGGAAGGGGGGGAGGCCACGAGAUGAGAGCAUCAAUCUCUCCCGGUCAUCGAAACCUGUCUGCAACAGUCCAAAUCAAAACUGAUUAGAACUGGUAUACAGGCAGUCUAUGGGGCAGAAAAUGCCCGGAAAAAAAAUUUAAAGGGAAAAAGGAGGGUUCGCGAAUUAUCACUCACCAAAACAGGGGAGUUGCCCAGCACGCUGCAGUCGUGGAGUCAGCCAGGCUCGGGAGCUCGCGAAUUGCGCGGCAGGACGCGGAUGAUUUCUUCAUAAUAAUAAAUUUCAAAGAGAAAAAUUUCUAAGGCAAAUAACUAAACUAUGCAGACAGACUAAUCUACUAAAAUGGACUUGAGGGAUAGCAUCCCUUAUACAAGGCGACUACAUAUUCGUUAACGGUCGGAUGAAAUCUAGCCGAUUCGCCGAUACUCGAUGGAGGUCUGUCUGCAGCCGCGACGCGAGUUGAUCUGUGUCGCGGCAGGACGCGUCUCGUAAUUAAAAGUACCCACCGGCUCUAACAGGUGGAAGGGGGGGUGUCUGGGCCGCCGAAAAAUACCGAACUUGCCCGAACGCGGGCGGAAAAAAAACUCUAGCAGGAGUCUUGAAGUUGGCCACACUGGGUGACAGUAGUGAUAUCUGUCGGAGAGGUCUGAGUUGAAAACAAUCGACUCGCGCACGGCGUCCAUAUAACUCAAGGGGAAGCAAGUGCUGCUCUCUGGCGCCCUAGAGGGUAGGCAAGCGGAGAAGUUCGCGACUUAGUCGCUAGGUGGUGCUUGUGAUCAGUUUUGGCGCACUCGCUUUUGCGAGAAGACCUUGAGAACGGUCACUGGUGUCCAGGGGGUUACGACCGGUCAUUGGUCUUACUUGGAACUGAGAAGGGGGGGAGGUGGGGUAAAAUGCAACGCUGAUGGGAAACUACGCCCGUCGUGGCUACAGAGGGGCGAAUAUAACACUACGACGUGAUGAAAAAGGCGAAUCUCAGCUCGUCUCUGCGAACUGGUCGCCUGCAAGCUACAAGCUUGCCUAUGCAGUUAGGGUCACGAAGAGAAAUAAUAUUACAGGCUUGAGGCGUGACUGAAGGCGGGGGAAAUGGUAAGCUGUCUGCUAGUCAGGGAUUAGGCCAGCAGAAUAUCCGAUACGCCGAUGGGAAAGGGGCUCCAGAGCACUGAGACAAAGUUUAACUCAGAGGAGUACACCAGACUAACAAAUUAAAAUUACACUAUAGUAGAGCAAAUAAAAUUUCCACACAAAAGUUUAAAAUCAUCAUAAAAAUUUAAAAUAUAUUGUGUCGAAUUUACAAAUUAACGGCACAGAGGUGACAAAGCGUUGACUAGAAUUAUUGUGGUUAAUUGGUUAUGUUUGAUGCAAAGAAAUCAUUUUUGAAGCUCACAGCCAAAUUUCAAAUUAUAAGUAAUAGGGCAAAUUUCUUCAAAUUAAUGAUAAUCGCUCUUCACUAAUAGUGUUUUAAAUCUUGUUACUAUAGAUAUUUUGACACCUUGUUAUACAUUCAAAUGAACCAAAAACAAAGUGCAGAAACAGUAUGAAUUCAUAGGCCUUCUCAUGAAUUGUUUGAAUUUCAAUAUCCAAAUGUCCAAGAUCUGUGACAAAGUACACUGUUCUAAUUAUUACUAUUAUUUUCAUUUCAUUAUAAAUAAUAUAUAUUCAAAUAUGUUAAACUAGAGGGUUGAAUGGAAGAACGUGCGAGAGGCACCAAAAAUAUUUAUAAAUUAAUUUAAUUGUCAUUCCAAAAAUAUUUAUUUAAAAACAACUGUAAGAUUUUAUCAUGGUUAUUAUUUAGGUUUUGUUAACUUUCAAAAACACUAAACAUAUGGUACUCAAUUUCAAAAUUAAUAAUUGGGUGAAAAAUUAUAAUAAAAUUCUAUAAUUGUUAAUUAAUAUUUUUACAGUUACCAUUGCAAGGAUGUGUGUUUCUUAGUUUAACAAUGUAACAAAUAUAUAUUAAAUUUAAUUAUCAAAGUACUUAUUGAAGGUUAAACUAAUUCUGCGAUCUACAUUGCAAUGUCUCCAACAUUUUCAGUAAAAGUCUCCUUAGCACCGUAAAAACGUUUUUUCUUAUAGUACCUAUUGUACCUAGAAUUUUUAACCAAACUAUUUAUAACUUUCAUAACCUCUUAGACAAACUAGCUUAAUAACCAGUGAUGUUACAAAACCAAUAAAUAUUUAUCCUUCAGAACUUUAUGUAUCUCGUAUAGAUCAUGCAAUAAUUUUACUAUAUACAGCCUUCAUCAGAAAAUUUUUUCUAAUAUGACACAAUAUGAUAUAGAAUUCUUCUAGACAUGAUAAUUAUAAGUGUCAUAUAUUGCAACUUAGUAUUUGAUUUCAUAUACACUUUGUUCAUUUUAAGAUAUCCCAACUGAUUUAAUCAUUGUGACAAACACUGCAAGAACACACACAUGUUCAAAACUGGCUAGAAACAACAAGUAUGAAUAUUAAUAGGUUUAGUAUCAUUGACGUCUAAUUGUUAUAGUAUUUAAUUAAGUAUUUUUGAUUUUAUAUUAAUAUUUCUAUUUAAUUAAUUUUGUGAUCAUUUAUAACUACAUUCACCAGACCUAAUGAAGUCGAAAAACCAGUUGUACAAAUCAGUUUAAAUAAAUAUACUACAAUUUUCUUGAUAUUCACUAAAUUUCACUACUGUUGCAAAUCAGCUUGAAUGCUAGUUACGAAACAACUAUCGCUAGGAGCCCUGUUUGCAGUGGUUUCCAUGAUUUCCAGUGUGUGUCCAGUAUUGACUUAUAUAGUACUUGCAGUCAGUAUUAAGAGUUUAAACCAAAGCUUUUGUUUUUUCUCUCCUGUAUAAUAAUUUGUUAGGAAGUUAGAAGUUUUGUUACACCAACAAUUAGUUUGCUGGAACAUGGAUUAGCACGGUCAAUGUUAGUUACCAUGGUUUCAUUUUUUAAAUGUAAAAAAAAUGAGCCAAAGUACGAUGAUUACAUCUGUUUUCUGCAUAACUAGUGCAAAGCCUCCUAGAUCUGUUGAGCAUUUUUGAAGUAAUGGUGUAUAGCACCAAUAAAAAUUGCUGGUAGAAUAUCACUAAUAUUGGAGAUCUCAGUAGUAAAAUGCCACAAUUACCAUGGAAAAUUUUCAGGAAUGAAUAAUUAGACAUUUGAAGAAUACCUUGCCUUUUUUGUAAAGUAUCCUUUUGUUUGUUAGUAUUUGUUUACGUAGACUAUUGCCGGUGCCUCGGAGUGGUAAGCUACGCGGGCGUGGUGGCCGGACUACUGCACACUAUCAGUCCACCAACAAGCUGCUAGUGUCGUCAUUAGGAUAAUGGUGUGUAGAGCAGGAAUAACAGUGCAUUUGAAACAAUUAACCUUUCCAAAACCAUUUCACCUACUUGUGUAGUUAAAUAUAGACUCCGUCAGGGCAACAUAUAUCAAGCAAUCGGAACUAAAGUAAUUAAUUAAUUAAUUAAUUUGAAGUACCUUGAAAUUAUAUUUAUAAUCAAAUUGUAUUCAUCAGACACCAGAGUAUGUGUUUAGGAUUAAGGAAAUCCUAUAUUGACAGAGUUAUUGUAACAAUAUUUUGCUUUAUUUUGUUUUCUUUUUAAAACAUUUGUUUACACACUUCAGUUAAGUGGCAGUGUUAAAGUGAUGUGUUCAACGAAGAGCUAGACUAUGAAGGUAGUUACAGUAGUUGCAUAUAUUUGCAAAGCAAGCAAACAGAGAGGGAAACAUGAAUGUCUCGUAGAAGUAUAGCAGAACCUCAUUAAUUCUAUCCUACAACUUACCCUCAAUGAUUAAGAGGAACAAAUAAACAGGAAAAAAAAAAUGCCUGUCAGAUAAUCGAAGAGCUAAAACUAAGCAGUAAACAUUUUAGAACUUAAUAUUUGAUUCCGUUAGAGAAUUACUGGCAGCAUUACUGCACAUAAUCAUGACUUCUGUACGUGGUGGUUAUACUAAUCAGAAGGUAUGCUGUGUAUCCAGAGGGGGUUGGGUGACCCACCCCGGGCCCUCCCCCAGAAUCAAAAAGCCCCUCUCCAAAGGGGCCAGUUUGCUCUUGCAAAGUCGUAGCAGUGAAAUGGGAAUGCUAAAUGUUAACCCAAGGCCUCCCACAAGAAUCCUGCAGCUCUUCGCCUGUACUGUGUUGUAUUGUAUUGUAUUGUAUUGUUUUGUUUUUUUCUAAAUUCUGUGGCUGUGCAGUUGGGUACAAGCCCAGGGGCAAGCAUUUCACUUUUCAUCCAGCACAUUCCACACCCUUAUCGUCCUCACUACCAGCUAGUUAUUUCCCUUUCGUAACAAUCUUGCUCAAGUUCUCCCGUAUACUUCCAGGUUUGUGAUUGAAACCACCAGACUUGUGUUAUAGACUAUACAAUAUUUGUCAGGGUUUCUGCAGGAGGAAUGUUGUAAUAAGAAAUCGUAAGAAAACUACUUAAUUUUUUUUUAAAUUGCAACCCGGUGGACUUACGGGUUUGACCAGACUGCAAGCUAUUAAGGUGGAAACGAGGAAGGGAGGGGAAGGAAUCGCUCAGCUGUACGGCGGCGCAAGAAGCAUAUGCUUCAAAAUAACUAAUAAAAUGGUUCUAUGACUGAGCACAUUAACUAACAUUGGUAUUACUUAAUUUUUUUGUAAUUAUGUAGAUACCAUAAAUUAAAUAAAACUCAGUUUAUUUUACGUAAAAUGCUGUUUUAGUCGUAUUAUAACUUUGCGAAGCUAAAAAGUAUUUUAACAUCCAUAGUUUUGGCUAUCUGAAAUUGUGUUCCUGUAUUUUAUCUCAUGUGAGAGGUACAAGUGAUCUUGUACCUGCCAGUGGAAAGUUCACUGAAUCACUUAUGCUGACCUUGUUUGCAAUACAGCCAAUGUAUUAGAUUAGUGAGUUUAAUACAUGACUGCUAUGAGUUUUCUUGUUGAAUUAAUAUUUUUAUACUUUAUUUUUACCACCUCUUGGUAGUUGAUGAUUUUCAAUUAUAAUUGUUAAACAGCUGUGUGUGCAAAAUUUGUGUAUUUGGAAGAACACCAAAGAUUAUAUCUUGCUGAAUGUAAUUUGUUAUUACCAAAGAUGUGUUACUCAUUUCGUUUUGAAUGUAGCUUGUGAUCAUGGCACAAAUUCAGCUGAGAAUAAUGUUAAUAUGAAUGAAAUAUUUCAAAGCUGAUAUUUAUGUAGUAAUGUCAUAUGUUAUUUAAAAUGUCAUAAAAAUUUUAGAAAAAUAAAAUUAUUAAUAUUUUA